AUGACUUGGGUAAAUACGGUCAGCGUCGUUGGUAAUGGACGGGAAUUAGAUUUGAAAAAUGAUUUAUAUACUGUUAUUGAAGCUAAUGGUACAAGUGUAAGGUCGGGAAGUCCUGUGUCCUUCGAUACUAUUGUUGGAUUUAAACAUCAAGCGACAGGAGGAAUUCUACAUUCGCAUACCAAGUAUUAUGGAAGCACCCCAUUAAUGAAUCAUCAGCAAGUUACUAUUUGGCAUGGUAGAAAUGGUGACGAUAACUGGCUCAUUCGACGUUUUAAUUCAAGCACUUCCAGCGGUGACUCGGAUUUUUUGUCGGAUGGUGAUAUAAUCAGUCUAAUCCAUGGCAAAACCGAGCUAGCACUUUAUAGUCAUCCCAUGUUAUUUGGUGAUGGAUCCCAAGAAGCUUCUUGUCAUGGAAAUGGAAAUGACGAAAAUAAUAAAUGGCGUAUUGAAUUAAUUGAUGAUUCGGAAUUGUGA